AUGUCGGACUUCUUACAUCAAAUCCUGGAAGCAAAAACAAGCCUAAAACGAGUCAGCAACUUAGAUAUCCCGAAAGAGGGAGCAUCUCCAUUCGCAUUCUCCAGUAAUUCUCAUUCAUCGUCUUCUGAUAACAUGAUACAUAUUUAUUGGAAACAAGUAGUCGAUCCAAACAUUUGUCUUCUUAAAAAGCUACAAGGCCAUGAUCAUUUGUUUGGAACCGCUAUCCAAGUGUUCGGGCCACUUAUCUCAAAAUUACUUCCAUCAUUUCGUCAAGUGUUGCAAAAUCAGAAAUUGUUAGAGUCGUUGAGUAACAAUGAAGCCACAGUCAUGCAGUCCAUCAUUGAUGGGUUCAUUUAUGGAGGCAAAGAAAUGAAAUGUGACAGUAUUGAGACAAGUUUGAUGGUUUUGUUCCUCUUGCAAAGAGCAGUAGGGGAUGUAAUUCCCUUGAAAACCAAAUGUGUCGAGUAUAUUAUCAAAAAUUUUAAUUUAGAAAAAGCUUUGGACAUCUUGGACUUGAUAAAUUGCUAUGUAAAAAGAGAUCGCGAAUGUUUUAAGAUGACCAACACGGUUACCAUUCUUGAAACCGUCAAAGAAUAUUGUUUGGAUUACAUGGCAGUCAAUUCGGAUAAGGAUGAAUUUGAAAAGUUUAUAAUGAAAGACAACAAAGGUCGCUACACGUUUGAGCUUCUAUCUUCUAUUGUCAGAAGGAAAAGUGUUCGCAAAGUGACCAUUGAUGAAACUCCAAACCGGAUCUCAAAAACUCCGUUGCGUGACAUUUUCCAAGAACACCUGGAGACGGAUAUAAACUUACAACUGACCAACGGAAAGGUGGUGAAAUGUCACAAGUCCGUUCUGCAAUCCAAUCACUUUUUUAAAGCAUUACUCUCAGAAAAAUGGGCUUCCCACACUCAGGAAGUAUUUGGUGAAGAAAUGGAGUUCAUCAUUCACGGUUGUUAUGGAUUUGUAGACCAAGUGCCCAAUCGUUUGAUGAUUCCUCUCAUGAAGAAAGCUCAUGAAUUGGAAUUGAAAGAAUUUUUGAAAAUUGUACAAUCCCGUUGGUCUGUUUCUGUUGAGAGUUUCUUUGAAUCUGCACAAAGUUUGGAAGAAUAUUUGGAUGACGAAUUGUUUGAGGAUGUGAAACGGAAAUUGGUUGAAUUUGGCAUGAAGAACAAGAAAAUUCUUUUCAGCAAGAACAAUAUUGAACAUAUCCGAAAGCUUCCCAAACUGAAUGCUGAAAUUAUGGUAGCAUUUGUUAAUAGUUAUUAA